CUAGUUCGCUCGUAUUUGUAACGUAGGGACUGUCAUAAGACUUCUCUAUCGGCCGAAUAGCAAGAUAAAUCCUCUCCUAAGAGGUUUGUGUCAUGGAAGAUAGGCUACAUUUUAAUAUCCACUUCUCAUAAACACCAGUGAAUAAAAACAUUAACAGAGCUUUUAUUUUCUCAGACAAGAAACCAUAUCAUUCCUCAAGACGCCGCGAGAUCACAUUUCCUACAUCUACGGUGGUAUGCAUUUAUGUAGGUCACUGAACUCCAGCCUACUUUACUCUGUGACAUGACCUAAAACCCUGAAGUCCCCUGAAACCCAGCUACUGGACCUUAGCUACAGGAAUAGUGUGUCCUGAUCAUAUCUACUACUCUCCCACCAGACCCUGUACCUCCUGAGACAAUGUGAAUGUGGACUGGGUUGUGGGUACAGAAUCCCAAGGGGCCAGUCAGGAAGAGAAUCAGACCUUCUGGCUGCUAUGGACUAUUGGAUUAACUCCUACUGAAUCCGGUCAGCUCUGCUUUUAAACUUCACAAUGGUGUUGUUUCUGAUUGCAACUACAAUAACCUUGAAUAACUCCUUUCAUGAGAACCAGACUUCAGAAAACCCCACCCCCCAGGGUGCCCAUGUCCUUCCCUCUACGCUGAUCUCUCUUCUUCUCAUCAUCAUCAUUCUCCUGACAGUAUACUUCCUAAGGUUUAGAAACCACAGGAAGGCUCUUGUCUCUCAGAAGACUCCAAAUGGCUUCUUGGAAGAUCAAGGAGAGCAGACAGUGGUCCUCCUCCCACGAUCCCCCUCUCCAUCCAAGAGGUACUUCCCCAUCCCCCUGGACUCGCUGGAGGACGAGGUCCGAAUACGCUCGGCAGACGACUGCAAGCUUUUUAGAGAGGAGUUCAAUUCACUGACCUGUGGCUACCACCAUGGCUCCUUUGAGGAGGCUAGCAGGGAGAUCAACAGGGACAAGAACAGAUAUCCAAACAUCCUACCAUAUGACCAUUCCAGAGUGUUGUUAACGCAAAUAGAUGGGCAUUCUUGUACGGACUACAUAAAUGCCUCAUACAUAGAUGGUUAUAAAGAGAAGAACAAAUUAAUUGCAGCUCAAGGCCCAAUGCACGACACAGUGGCUGACUUCUGGCGGAUGAUUUGGGAACAGAAGACUGCUACUAUAGUGAUGCUCACUAACCUGAAAGAGAGAAAAGAGGACAAGUGUUACCAGUACUGGCCAGACCAGGGCUGUUGGAUGUAUGGGAAUGUGAGGGUGGCAGUGGAGGACUUUACUGUACUGGUGGACUACACCAUCCGCAAGUUCUGUGUACAAUAUCAGGGGAAUGAUGGCCCAAGGGCCCCCCGCUUGGUCACCCAGCUCCACUUCACCAGCUGGCCAGACUUUGGGGUGCCCUUCUCCCCUAUCGGCAUGCUCAAGUUCCUCAAGAAGGUGAAGACAGUCAACCCGUCCUCUGCAGGACCCAUCGUGGUGCACUGCAGUGCUGGGGUAGGUAGGACUGGGACGUUCAUCGUCAUAGACGCCAUGAUUGACAUGAUGCAUGUAGAGAAGAGGCUGGAUGUCUUUGGGUUUGUGACCAGAAUACGGGAGCAGCGCUCUCAGCUCGUCCAGACCGAUAUGCAGUACUCAUUCAUCUACCACGCUCUGUUGGAGUAUUAUAUGUAUGGGGACACAGAGCUGGAUGUGUCCUCUCUGGAAGGCCACCUGCAGAAACUCCACAACACCAGAACACCCCUUGACAAGCUGGGCCUAGAGGAAGAGUUCAGGAAACUGACCAAUGUACGCAUAAUGAAGGAGAACAUGAGGACUGGAAACCUUCCUGCAAACAUGAAGAAGAACCGUGUGCUUCAGAUUAUUCCAUAUGACUUCAACCGGGUUAUAUUAUCAAUGAAAAGGGGCCAAGAGUUCACAGACUACAUCAAUGCAUCAUUUAUCGAUGGAUACAGACAGAAGGACUACUUCAUCGCUACCCAGGGUCCCCUGUCUCACACGGUGGAGGAUUUCUGGAGGAUGGUGUGGGAGUACAGGUGUCACUCUAUCGUCAUGCUCACUGAACUCAAGGAGAGGGAACAGGACAAGUGUUUCCAGUACUGGCCAGCAGAGGGCACUGUGACAUUUGGAGACUACACUUUGGAGCUGAAGGGGGAUGCACUAUGUGACACUUUCACUCUGAAGGACAUGGUGCUCACAUAUGGACCAGAAAAGCAGUCACGGCACGUCAGGCACUUUCAUUUCCACGGCUGGCCUGAGAUCGGAAUACCGGCAGAGGGAAAAGGAAUGAUCGACAUCAUUGCUUCAGUGCAGAGACAGCAACAACAGUCUGGAAACCACCCUAUUAUAGUACACUGCAGUGCUGGUGCGGGUCGGACCGGUACAUUCAUCGCCCUGAGUAACAUUCUGGAGCGGGUGAAAGCAGAGGGCCUACUGGACGUGUUUCAGACAGUCAAGAGCUUACGCAUGAAGAGACCACACAUGGUUCAGACUGUGGAACAAUAUGACUUCUGCUACAGAGUGGUUCAAGAUUUUGUUGACAUUUUCUCAGACUAUGCCAAUUUUAAAUGACAAUAUCUGCUAUAUACCCAUGUAUAUUUCCAUGUAACAUAUGCAAUUUUGUCAGAACCUUCUUUUCUAAGCUCUUUCAAGCUCUUUUUACACUUUGCACUUACCCACAAUACUUAAACAUAUUGUACCAUAUUUUAUUAUACAUGUAACUGCUAAAAUAAGGAAAUGAGGGAUACAAAGUAUAUUGAAAGCAGGUACAUCCACACAGGUGUGGUUACUGAGUUAAUUAAGCAA